AUGAAUGAGAAAGUACAGAGAAGAUUAAUAUAAAAGCAACCAAGUUAUAUCAAGAAUAGAAUAGGACUUAUAGGACUUGUUGCUGUUUAAAUGGCCUAGAAUAUUCAUAAGAGAUGGAUCUUAGAUGAGCCUCUUUUAGGUGAUAAAUUGGAUAACAAGGAAGAACAAAAUUGGCACUUAUCAGAGGAUGCAAAACCUAAAACUAACAUCACUCUCGUGCCUUAAAAUAUGGAUAAAGAUGGCAAAAAAAAUAAACAACAAAAUCUAACUAUAAAUAGAAUAAGAGGCAAUCAACAGAGAAGCAAAUACUAGAAGUACAAAGAUUCACAGUCACUAACAACAUCUUUGGCUCGCAAUAAUUAUCAAGAUGCUGAAACUAAUAAUUCAGUCAAUACUUCCAUGCUAUCAGAUAAUGAAAACCCCUUCAUAAACCAGGAGACUGCCUAUCAAUAUUACUUUGAGGCCAAUCUAAAUGCCUACUCAAAUAAGCAUGGUGGUUUUUAUGCUGAGGACUUAUCUAAGUAGGAGCCACCCUUGAAUUAAUAAAUCUCUGAGGAAUAGAAAAUGCAAGAUGCCAAUCAAAACUAGGUAAACACUUCAAGAAUUGCAACAAUGAAUAAAGAAUUGUCUUCGAAACUAUAGCAGAUUGAUGAGUAUGAGAUUGAGGAAAAGAGACAAGCUUUAAUCAGAUAAGAGACUAAUAUUGACUAAAGCAUUGACCAUCACAAAUACUCUAACCCAAAACUUAUCAGUGGAAUCAUGAUGAAAGGCUCUCCCAAUUUCAUGUCCAAGGAAGAAGACAUCCAAAAUCUUAUGAUAUCUAAUUUCCUAUCAAGAAAUAGAUACUAUAAGGGCAACCAUGCAUUCGGAGGUCAUGGAGGUACCAUCGGAUUAGACUCAUCAAUGGGUAUGAGUUUAUCAAUGCUGAGAUCAUAGUUUUCACAAAACCAUUGA